AUGGCGAAGGACAAAGACGUGAUAAGGAUUGAGCGGGAGUCCGUAGUGCCGAUCCUGAAGCCCAAACUCAUCAUGCACCUGGCUGGUCUUAUUGGUAAUUUUUCUAUUUCCUGUGAUCAGAUAUCUGCUGUAACCGUUCCUCUUUCAUCUGACUAUUUUCUGAUUAUCAGUGCUCUUCUAUUGCGGUUUCCCGAAUUUUGGUAUUUACUCGGGCCCAGGCUUCGUGCUUACCGUCUUUGAGGUUCGUUUUGAUUAUAUAUCCUCGUGCCUUCGUUUCUUUAGUAUCUUAAUUGCCUUUGAUGUUUUCUCAUGGAAUAUUCGCUUCGCGCACUACUUUUGAAUUCCUCGCCAAAGUCCGAGUCUGUGGGUUCCUUCUGCAUUUUUUCUUCCACCUUCAACAUUUAAUUUUUCAAGGUCACAGUAAAAAGCAAACAGGUCAAUUCCUGGUUUAAAUUCUGCGCAAUACUUGUCUCAUAUUUUAAUGGUGAAAAUGUGUAGCAGAUUGGUAGGUGAGUGUAAUUUUCGAUUCAAAUUAGUGACGUUUCUUCGUCAACUGGUGAUUGUUUUUCAUGUUACCUUUCUUUAUCCAUGUAGAGCACGGGUCUGAUCGAGCUGAGUUCUUGAAACUGUGCAAGAGAGUUGAGUACACGAUCCGAGCAUGGUAUCUUCUACAAUUUGAGGAUCUGAUGGUAAGCUGAUUCGCUUGUUUCGACUUUCGUUACUCUAUAGUGUUAGAAAAUAUAGUUGCGUUUGAAGUGAAAAUUUGAAUCCAGUUUCCCCUUUAUAUGUUGUUGCAGCAAUUAUAUUCUCUGUUUGAUCCGGCUCACGGUGGUCAGAGACUGCAGCAGCAGAAUCUCUCGUCAGAAGACACUGAUGUUCUUGAACAGAAUUUUCUGACAUAUUUGUUUCAGGUAAACUAGGUGUCUCAUGCUUCUCAUAUUGUCAAUGAAAACCUUUUCCUGGAUCAUUUCCAAUGAGAACCAUAUGGUUUGUUGAAUUUUAUUAAACCAGUUUCUUGGCAGUACAAGGCAGUCUUGCUUGAUUGAUCAUUUUCUCACCUCACAACUGUGAUUAAAAAUUCCAUGUAAAUGUUUUGCAAUCACAACGAAACAUUUUACUGCUCUUUUUUAGAGAAACAAGCAUCAGCAUACUUAUUUUUCCCAAACAAGGUGUUUCGCGUUUUCACAUCUAUCUUAACACGUCCAGCUAUACUUCAGUUGUUUUCUAAACAUAUAAGAUGAGACAAUGAUCCAAACUUUUGAGGCUUCAUUUCAUAAUUUAUGAUAACCAUUCUUCCAGGGAGACACUUUUCUAAAUUGGCUCCCAUGCUCAUUUGCUAAUGAAUUUUAUGUUUGCUUCAGAUAAGUGCAUUGCUCCUAUGCCUUAUUUUUUCUAGCCUCCAAAUUCUUUACCAUGUUUAUUUCUGAGUUUUUCGCUGCAUUAGAAAGGUCGACUAUUGUGGAUCGGAACAUUAUUUUGCAGAUCCAGGGUUUUUUUAACUAUGCUGACAUAAUGUUUUCCCUAGAUUCAGUUAAAAUAUUUCACGAUUGGACUUCUGCCAUAAUUAAGUGAGAUGACCAACUAUUCAAACUGAAGAAACGAUUGCCAAUUUUUCCUUCUGUUGGUUAUCCCUGUUGUGCAAUAUCCUUAGUUAAAUCAAUGGAUUCCUAAAUCGACUUAAAAACUCAUAAAGAGCACCAUUAAUGGACACAAGAGUUGCAUUUAAUCAAUUUAUGACUAUAUGCUUACAGUUCCCAGAUGCAUGUUUGUAUGAAAUUUCGAGCUGGUCCAAUGACUUUAGAUUGGUGGUUUCCUGUUGGUUUAUACCAGAAUUUGGUAAAUAGAUGGUUACUUGAUUACUACUAAUUAUAGAGGUUUAUGAAGAGGAUUUACAUUUUCAUCCAAUGUCUGAUGUAAAUGGGAUUAUGAUUUUGGCUUAUUGUGUAUCAUUUUCUGUAAUGCUUAGAAAACUUCAUAAAAUUCCAAAUUACUCUUUUAGGAACAUAGGAAUCCUUUUCCACUGUAUUAGUUGAUCAUAACUUAGAUACUAUCAAUUUUAGCGGGAAACUCCUGCUUUACUAGUCGGAGGUUCAUUAGAAGAAUGGAAAACGUUGUAUGAAAAAGAAAUUGAUUGGGGUGUUACAGUGAAAAAUUAUUUUUUUCCCUAUUAUGUUGUCCAGUGAAUUCCACGUUCUCAUGGAGCUGUGGAUAUAUUGAUUUGUGCAUUUAAUGUUGUGAAUAUAUUGAUUUGUGCAUUUAAUGUUGUGGAUAUAUUGAUUUUUUCAUAUAAUUUAAAAUUUUGGGUAAAUAUUUAUGUAAAGUAUUGGAUGGUAUUGAGCAUGAUCUAUUCUCUCUGGUUUACGGAAGGGGAUACUACAGCGAUAUCCUGGAGAUUUGAAGAGAUAUUUCAUAUAUGUUUCUUUGCUUUUUGUUUGCAGGUAAUGGAAAAGAGUAACUUCAAGAUAGUCACUGAUGAGGAGAUUGAAGUUGCACAGUCUGGACAGUAUCUUUUAAACCUCCCCAUCAAAGUUGAUGAAUCAAAGGUUUCCAAGUAAUUUUUCUAUGUAUUACAUUAAAUAGUAUGUUUGGUAAUUUACUGAAUCAUGUGUCACUUUGAGCAUUGCAGCUUGACCGAAGACUGUUACAAAGUUAUUUUUCAAAGCAUCCUCAUGAAAAUCUCCCAGAGUUUUCUGAUAAGGUAUUAUUCUAAACUUGUUGUACAAUAACUGAAUAAAGAUGAUGAAAUAAUUCUACAUUUUUAUGCAUUCUGAACUUUAAUUUUUACUCUCAGAUCCAUCAGUCAUCAUUGUCUUGAGUCUCACUUGUCUUUGAUCUACUGUGGUUCAUUCCCAAACCAUGUUUUGGGAACAUACCAGGAAGUAAUUUGAUUUUUUCUGCCUUUCUAAUACUUAUUGCUGCUGGGACAUUUCAACCUUUGGGAACAUGCCAGGAUGUAAUUUGAUUUUUAAAUUAAGAAUCCUGUUGUCUAGAAUGGUAUAAAAAUACUUCCCUGAUAUGAUGGCCCAAUAAUUAUGUCAUCUAAUUGACAUAUUGUCUUUGAAAAGGUUUCUUGUCUAAGGUCAUUUUAAUUUUUAAAAAUUGGUGAUGACCAGAUUCCUGAAAAUUUGGCAUAUAUAUAAUAGCAAAAAAACUAAUGAUUCUGCAUUUUUUUUAUUGUGUGCCACUUUAUUAUGCAUCUGAUUUUUCUAGAGUUCAGUGACAUAAUUUGGUUAUUCCAAUCACAAUUUAUUUUUAGUUGAAGUGUUUUUCUUUCCAUGCUACAGGACCUGAUACUAGGAAACGAGAUGGUUUAUAUCAUAUUUAUUACUUAUGCAUUGAUAAACCACGCACUCUUUAUAGCAAAAGGGAAACGUUCUUUUAAACCUGUAUUAUUAAGCUGAUCGACAUUGUAGAAAUAUGGACUGAAUAACAUUGGUCUUCUAAUUUUUUUAUCAUUUAUGGUGUUGACAUCCUGAAUUUGGAUAUUGGGACACGGAUCAUUGAUUACAGGCAUUUGGUUUUGAUUAAAAAAAAUCAUUUUAAUUGCAAUGUCUGUUUUAUGUUUCUUUGCUGAUAGUAUAUGCAUUGAGGUCAUGAUGGAAAUGAUAUAGAUUUCCAAAAAUUUUGAGUUUUUUUUUUAAUUCUAGCAUCUAAUAUAUCUGUCUUUCUGCAUGGAAAUUGAAAAGUACAUAAUCUUUCGUCGGGGUAUUGGAUCUGAUGAAACAACUGAUUAUUUCAUCAUGGAGAAGUUGGAUAUAAUCAUUUCUCGUAUUUGGGCAUGUUUUCUUAGGGUUACCAGGUAAGAUAUUUUAAGUGUAUCAUGGUUUCUAGUUUUUUAAAAGUUUUUAUUGAGGACGCGUUUAUGCAUUUAUUUGAAUUUUAAUUUUUUCCCCAUUGGCUGGAUAUUUAACAUCGGUACAGGCUUCAAAGGAUUUUUACUAGAAAAACAAGUAAACGAUCUACAGAUCCGAAGAAGAAUGACGAAAUAACCCCAGAUGCUGAUCACGAUGAUCUAGUUGUUGAACGGAAACGGCUUGAGAAUGAACUGAGGUUCCAGGUUUACUUAUACUGUAUGUAAAAUGCCUUAUAGUUUGUAAUUUUACAUAUUUAUGUUUGUGGUGAAUGCAGCAUGAGAAAUUUGUUUGGGAAGAUCACGAUCCAAGAACCGACAUUUGAUCGGAUGAUUGUUGUGUAUAGGCAAGUAAACUCAUAUUUCUUUCAUAAAAGAUUUACGGAAUCCGAUUUACUGCAGGAUUUGUUUUAUUAUUUAUACAAAGGUAUUGAAUUCCUCCUUCGAUUGGGUUGCUUAAUGUUAAUAUUUCCAAAAUUUCCAAAUUCCACCUCCAUGGAAAAUAGUUUCUCAGCAGUGGAUCUUGACAUUUGCUCCGACACUAAAAUUUGAUAUAUUACAGGCGUGCAAGCACAAAGAAGAAGACAGAAAGAGGAAUCUAUGUCAAGCACUUCAAAAAUAUUCCUAUGGCAGAUAUGGAAUUAGUUCUGGUAAUAGUCUGCUAUUAUGGGAAUAUAAAGUGUGCGUAAAUUCUUCAAGUUUCUGAUUUUGGUCUGCCGUGCCUAUUCAAUGAUUAGUGCUUUAUGUUGUCUUACAGCCUGAAAAGAAGAAUCCGAGUUUGACUCCGAUGGACUGGGUCAAGUUUCUUGUUUCUGUUGUCCUUGGGCUGGUAUGCUUUUGUUUGUAACCAGUGUAAUGCAUUAUAAUUAUUUUGAUCGCUUUGUUAAUCUUCAUUAUUUAUAUUAUGAUCAGGUUACACUUGUCAGCUCGCUUGAGAUGCCCAAAGCUGAUAUCUGGGUUGUUAUAGCAAUACUCACUGGUCUGAUAGGCUACUGUGCUAAGAUCUACUUUACGUAAGUGUCGCUUCAAACCGAUGCUCUUCUCAAUCAUCUCAUGCUUUCUCCUCUAAAUAUGGGUACAAUUUCUUUUUCUUUGUUAUUCUCUGCAAAAUUCUCUUCUUCCUCGUCAGUGAAAUCCUUAACAAUGUGUCUAUCGACAUGGCCUGAGUUUGGAACCCCAACAGGGUGCGCUUAUGUCGUUUCUCCUUGAUUCCGAAUGAUCAUCAUCUUUUGGCAUAUAAUUCGAUGGUGGAGAAUGACUCUGUUCCACCAAGAAUGGGAAAAAUCCACUCUAAGCAUGUAGCCACAAAGAUCUUUGAUGAUCUUGUAUCCAUGGUUGGAGAGAAUAUGUGGAAGAUUCAACAACGACGACAUAUCAAAACGAACAUCGCCGGUGAUGUUCCCGGAAAAACAUCAUUUUCUCCUGUCCCACGAUGCUGUCAUGGUAGCACUGAGACAACAAGGCUUUCACCGCUCUACCACCGCCCUAUUGCGUUUCCUACUGCUGGUCGUUCUUUUGUGCCCAGUUCUCACAGUUACAAUCACAAUGCUGCUAAUCACGAAUUUUCUGUUUUGAAGUUUUUUGGAUUCUAUCAAAUAAUGUCUUCAUCUCCCCGUACUUUCAUUGCUCAAAGCUUAAGAAUUUUGUACUCGCUUCCAUCUGUUUUAUCGAAUUCUGGUUGCAUUUUAACUGUCAUGAGUAAUAUGAUGUCACUUUUUGAACUUUGAUUCUUGACAGGUUUCAGCAAAAUAUGGCUGCUUACCAAAAUCUAAUCACACAAUCAAUGUACGACAAACAAUUGGACAGUGGAAGGGGAACACUGUUGCAUUUAUGUGAUGAUGUCAUUCAACAGGAAGUAGGCACCAAACUGAUUAGUUUUUUUUAAUUUCGGAUAGCUUCCAGAAUCGAGAACUCAUUUCUACGAGGAACCCAGUUACUUGCAAUAGAACUAAUAACGGUGGAAUCUCUGAUUUGCAGGUCAAAGAAGUUAUACUUUCCUUUUUUAUUCUGAUGGAGCAGGGAAAAGCCACUAUACAAGUAUGUAAUCAUUUACUUAACAAGUUUUAUUUCGUUGCAUCGCGGAAUGUUAGGUCUGAAUUUCACGUCACUUCUUCUGUGUUGUAAUGGACAUUUAGGAUCUCGAUCAUCAGUGUGAGGCCCUCAUCAGAGAAGAAUUUAACGAAGAGUGCAACUUCGACGUUGUAGAUGCUGUUCAAAAGUUAGAGAAACUUGGCGUUGUUGCUCGGGUAAGAAGUUCAUGUUCGUGUAGUUUGUAUCUCUCUUUCGUCGAUAUAAAAAGCUCAUCAAUUCUUGUUCAUAGGUAUUUUGAUCAGCUGAAAUAGAAAAUUCUGUGUUUAGACUAGAUUGCUGAAGCCAAACCUGAUCUGACCUCUCUGACCCCACACGAGGCCAUGUUAAGCAUGGAAGAAAUAAUCAUCCGUGGGGAAAAUCGACAAGCAAGCUCGAUUUGAGAUUGCAAAAUUUCAUUCAAUUUUUUUCUUCAGAAGUUCACAUAUUUUUGCGACAUUGAGUCUGCUCAUUUGUCCAGUUGGCAAACCAUGGUCUAGUUUAACAUAGGUUAUUAGACUAAGGUAAAUCACAGACAUGUUGGUAAGAUAAUCAUGAUGCUGCUUUCUUCCUCUCGACUCUGAUCUCUACUUCUCUCGGACCUCUCCUUCAGGAUUUGAGAUAUCUUUCAAUAUCUUCCUCCCCGAGUUCCCGUUUCACAGCUGGGAAUCCCAUGUGUUCCGUUCCCUGCUUAAUCCGUUUUCUCUCUGAGACAGUAAGUAACAGUACCCUUGGAAGAGUCUGAGGCUUUCCCAUGUUGGUUCAGGACACCAUCGGAAGAAUAUACUGUGUGGGCUUGAAACGCGCCAAUGAAAUCAUAGGCACCACCACCGAGGAGCUGGUGCUCAAAGCGAAACAGGAGGCCAUCACUGCUUGA